CUCUCUUCACCUCUGCUUGAGACUCCUGCUCUCGGAUCCCUCUGCCUGGGGGUUCGGGAGGCGUCUCUCAGUUCCCCAGCGAGCGCAGGCUGGUGAACGGAGAAUUACCUCGUUUCUCAAAAGGGAAAGAGUGAGGAGGCCACAGAUCACCUAAAAUGCCAGCUGGAGACCCACGAGGCCGAAGGUUCGGGGAGGCGCGGCGCUCGCUCCGGACGGGCCGCUUUGCAGUUUUCUGUCGGGAUGCGCCUUGAGCACUGAGGAAGCCCGAACCGAGGCUCUGGGCACGCGGAGAAGGGGGAAGCCCGGCGGGGCUCCACUGGAGCGCUGGCCAGGCUUGUCUUUUCCAGGCAAUCUGGAGUCCCCUCAGGCUAGCCCGGCGGGCACACACCUGCCAGCCUUCCUUGACCUCGAAGGCCGGGCAGCUCCUGAGUCUGAAGCUCCCAAGCCUGAGAACAUGGCCCGGUCCAAGAUCGACUGCCGCUCACCUAUCGGCCUUGACUGCUGCAACUGCUGCCUGGACCUGGCCCACCGGAGCGGGCUCCAGCAAGGCAACAGUGGGGAGAACCAGGGCAGCCCUACCGUGAGCAACUUUAGGCAGCUGCAGGAGAAGUUGAUAUUUGAGAACCUCAAUACUGACAAGCUCAAUAGCAUAAUGCGGCAAGAUUCGCUAGAGCCUGUACUUCGAGACCCCUGCUACCUGAUCAACGAGGGCAUCUGCAAUCGUAACAUCGACCAAACCAUGCUGUCCAUCCUGCUCUUCUUCCACAGUGCCUCAGGAGCCAGCGUGGUGGCCAUUGACAACAAGAUUGAACAGGCCAUGGAUCUGGUGAAGAAUCAUCUGAUGUAUGCUGUGAGAGAGGAGGUAGAGAUCCUGAAGGAGCAAAUUAGGGAGCUGGUGGAGAAGAAUUCCCAGCUGGAACGUGAGAACACCCUCCUGAAGACCCUGGCGAGCCCGGAGCAGCUGGAGAAGUUCCAGUCCAGGCUGAGCCCUGAAGAGCCAGCUCCUGAAUCCCCACAAGCACCGGAGGCCCCUGGUGGUUCUGCGGUGUAAGUGGCUCUGUCCUUAAGGGUGGGCAGAGCCACUAAACUUGUACUACCUAGAUCUUUCCAGUUUGUUUUUGGCUCCCCAAGCGUCAUCUCACGUGGAGAACUUUACACCUAGCAUACAUAGCUGGUGCCAAGAGAUGUCCCAAGGACAUGGCCACCUGGGUCCACUCCAGUGACAGACCCCUGACAAAGAGCAGCCAGGUCUCUGGAGGUGGGGCCUCGUAACCCUAAGCCAGUAUGAGCCUCCAAUCCCACCAUGUCCUAGAGACUCCCAGGACCUGGGCAACUUAAUCUGCAUCUGGCAAUGGCCAAAGGUAGUUUGAGAAGUGACACCAGUUUGCUCCAGAAAGUAGAAGGGGUCUGUUUUCAUUUCCAUGGACAUCUUCAGCAGCAUCAUCUGACAAAGACUGUUCUUAUGAAGAAGCCAUUUGUGUUUUAAGCAGAGGCAGCCUCUCUCUUCUCCCCUGCCUCACCAAAACAGGGGGUACAGAUGAGAGAGAUUGAGCCAAGUCAGCCUUCUGUUGGUUAAUAUGGUAUAAUGCAUGACUUUGUGUACAACCCAGUGUGGGAUUACAGCUUUGGGAUGACCGCUUACAAAGUUCUGUUUGGUUAGUUUUGGCAUAGUUUUACUAUAUAGCCAUAAAUGCAUAUAUAUACCCAUAGGGCUAGAUCUUUAUCUUAGUGUAGCGAUGUAUACAUAUACACAUACACCUAUGUGUUGAAGGGGCUAACCAGCUUGAGAAAUACUGACUGGUCCCUUACGUCUUAAAGCUAAUUCUUUGACUGUGUUCAUUUACCAGCUUGAUCCAGUUUGUCCUGUAGGUUAAGUAAGACUCAAGAGUAAAGACAGGGAGAGGGGGGCCAGCCUCAGAACAUGGCCACAGAUCCCUUGCUGCUGUAGCCCUUUCCCUGCUGUAAACAGGUGAAGUCCUCUUUUGAAUGCUAAACCCACCAUUCACUGGUGCUGACUACAUAGAAUGGGGUUGAGAGAAGAUCAGAUUGGACUUCACAUUGCUGUUUGAGAACUUUAAAAAAAAAUUUUUGUGGAAAACUUUCAGGUUAAUAGAAGGAUAGUGUCCUACUGUGGAUGAGGGAUGGAUGAGGAAAUGGCUUUGAUCCCAUGGGGUCUAGGGGAUGUGCCCUGGGAGCUUGUCUCUGUGGGGUUCUGUGACACUGAAUACUUUCCACUUUCUGACACCUUACCCUGAUGUAUGUCUCCAGGAUUUGAAUUUUGAUUUUUCAAAUGUAGCUUGAAAUUUCAAUAAACUUUGCUCUUUUUUUCUAAAAAUA